GCAGAGUGAAGCAGGGGAAGUAGUUGGGCGAGUAAGAGUGGAGAGAAAAAUGGCUCCCAAAGCUUUGAUAUUUUUGGCGGUGUUAUCCUUUUCAGCACUGUCUCUGAGUCCUUCUUUUGCGGAGGAAGGGGAAGACAGUAAUAAUGGCCUUGUUAUGAACUUCUACAAAGAGACAUGCCCUCAAGCUGAAGACAUCAUCAAAGAACAAGUGAAGCUUCUCUAUAAGCGCCACAAGAACACUGCUUUCUCCUGGCUCAGAAACAUUUUCCAUGACUGCGCUGUUCAAAGCUGUGAUGCUUCACUGUUACUGGACUCUACAAGAAGAACCUUGUCUGAGAAGGAGACUGACAGGAGCUUUGGGUUGAGAAAUUUUAGGUACAUUGAGACCAUCAAAGAAGCUGUGGAAAGGGAAUGCCCUGGAGUUGUUUCCUGUGCUGAUAUUCUUGUUCUCUCUGCCAGAGAUGGCGUUGUUUCGCUAGGAGGUCCCUAUAUCCCUCUUAAAACUGGAAGAAGGGAUGGUAGAAGAAGCAGAGCUGAUGUGGUUGAGCAGUUCCUCCCAGACCACAAUGAGUCCAUUUCUGCUGUUCUUGACAAGUUUGGUGCUAUGGGAAUUAACACUCCUGGCGUGGUUGCGUUGCUUGGAGCACACAGUGUUGGUCGAACCCACUGUGUUAAAUUGGUGCACCGUUUGUACCCAGAGAUUGAUCCAGCACUCAACCCUGAUCAUGUCCCUCACAUGCUGAAAAAGUGUCCUGAUGCUAUUCCUGACCCAAAGGCCGUGCAGUAUGUGAGAAACGACCGUGGCACGCCCAUGAUUCUAGACAACAACUAUUACAGGAAUAUCUUGGACAACAAGGGUCUUUUGAUAGUGGAUCACCAAUUAGCCAAUGACAAGAGGACCAAGCCUUAUGUGAAGAAAAUGGCCAAGAGCCAAGACUAUUUCUUCAAAGAGUUUUCUAGAGCUAUUACCUUGCUCUCUGAAAACAAUCCUCUCACUGGCACCAAGGGUGAGAUCAGAAAGCAGUGCAAUGUUGCCAACAAGCACUAUGAGGAACCUUAAAUAUUGCGUCCUUGAAUUUUCUUCCCCUUGUCUUGGAGGAAGAAAUAUGUAAGAUAUUAUGCAAAAAUAAGGUGUUUUUCGUUUGAUGGGUUGGUUGGUUAGGUCUGUGAGCCGAGACCACUGCUUGCUCAAUGCUUGAGCUUUGUCGGCAGGUUCUGGUGCUCUUCAGGAUGGGAAGACUUGUAGAUGUUUUGAUUUGUAAUUUUCUGAUGUAACUUUGUUGUUUCUUUAUUCAAUAAGGAUAUUAGUACGUUAGCUUAGUGUUGGGAAGAUGGGCAUGUUGAGGGUGUUAUGUCAAUGUAUGCAUGUGAGUGGUGUUGUGGAUGCUGCAUGGAUGGCAGUGACAAGGCUUUCAAUGAUAUCCAUGCUCGUAAAGCUUGUUCUUUCUAUAUACAUCAUGGGCGUUAUACAUUGCUAUCACUAGUAGUCCUAUACAUCAUCACAUAGGC